UUAAUUACUUCUCUCCUGCAGCAGAUGCUUCUCACAGCAACCUGCUGUGGAUUACUCCCCUGAGAACUAAUGUGCUGUGACAGACCCCACUUUUCCAAUCAAUAACUCGCCCUAAAUCUGCCAUCUCUCUGCCUGCCAAACACACUCCCACUUCUAAUGGCACAUCAUUUUCUUUAAGGGGGUGUAAUUGCAGACGGUGGAAAGCUGGAGCCAUUUCUGUUUCGACGACGCAAACACUGUGAAGGAAUCUAAAAGUAGACGGAACACACAGCACACAGGAAGCGAUGGGGGCUUUUACAAAGCUCGCCACCGUUUCUAACACACUUCAGAAAGCACUCACUUCCCCGUUUUGACUGUAAGAGUUUAAAUAUUCUUCAUGAAAUCGCUUUCACUUCACAAACCGGCUGCUGUUAGCCUGUCAAGAUGUGGGUUUGAGUUCUGGGAUUCUGCACAUUUGGACAAUUGAGGUUCCUCUGUCACUUAAGAUGAAGGUGGGUUGGAUCUCCUCCAACAUGUCUGAAGAUCCGGGGAAGCCAGAGCAAGGCCCGCUGGAGUACCGCAUAGUAGCCCUGGUCUUCUACAGCAUCAUCUUCGUCAUCGGAGUCACAGUGAACCUCACUGCUUUAUGGGUGUUUGCCCUGACCACCAAAAAGAAAAACUCUGUGACUGUCCACAUGAUUAACGUGGCAGUGGUGGAUUUGACCUACACCCUGCUGCUUCCCUUCAGGAUGGUUUACCUCCACCAGGACUACUGGCCUUUUGGAAACAUGUUCUGCCGGGUCACUGCGGCCCUCACCGUUUUCUACCCCUGCAUAGCCUUGUGGCUGUUUGCCUUGAUCAGCGCUGACCGCUACAUGGCCAUCGUGCAGCCGAAGCACAGCAAAGAGCUGAGGAAUGUGCCGAAAGCCGUGGUGGGGAGUCUGGGACUGUGGGUCAUGACUCUGGGCAGCACGGUGCCCUUGAUCUUCCCAGACCAUGAUCCUGACCGCGUCUCUAACUUUACCACAUGCAUCAAGAUGCAGGACAUCAUCUACAUGCGUCAAGAGAACUCAGUCAACUUCAUCAGGCUCAUCUUCUUCUUCCUGGUGCCCACAUGUAUCAUGAUCGGCUGCUACGUCACCAUCGUGGACAAUCUAAUCCACGGUCGCACCUCUAAACUUAAGCCCAAAGUGAAGGAAAAGUCCAUCCGGAUCAUCAUCACCCUCAUUGUCCAGGUGCUGGUAUGCUUCGUGCCUUUCCAUGUGUGCCUGGUGCUCCGUCUGCUGGGGGACGCUGAGGAUGGGGGCUUCAGCACGUGGGCAGUCUUCACCACCUUCCUGAUGAAUCUGAGCACCGUUCUGGACAUCAUUUUGUAUUACAUUGUCUCAAAGCAGUUCCAGGACAGAGUGAUCAGUGUGAUUCUGUACAGGAACUACCUGCGAAGCGUGAGGCGGAAGAGCAGGCACACGCACACGGGCAGCAUCCGCUCCUUGAGCAACAUAACCAGCGCCAUGAUCUAAACCCCCCCCCCCCCCCCCCAAAAGAAAAAAAACUCAAACUGAAACUCUAAAGAUGGCAGUACUGUAUUCCGCUUGUGGUUGAUUCCAAAAAAAAAAAAGAGCAAUCUAUUUUUUCACAAGUGUAAUUUACACUCACAGUAUGGGAGUGCUGCUGUUUUGGCGAAAAGCAUCUGUGUUCAGCUCUGAUUGACUCGCCCAUGAGAUUCAAGCUGUGAGUUUUCCUUAUAACAGCCAAAGCACAAGUGUCUGUGGAGCAGGUGUGACACGUGCAGGUGAAAAUAAAGCACGGCGAGCCUUUUAAAGCGCAGAAUGACACUGCUCACAUCCGUAUGCACAACACGGAAACUUAACCUCGUUACCAGGCGAGGGUCUGACCGCCUGCACAGGAAACACGGGGGGGGCUUCAAAGAGGCUGACGCUUUAGUCGGAGCCUCCGAGGUUUACAGAGAGGACAUGUGCAAAUGUUAUGAUUCAUAAACACCACCGUUGUUGCCAUUUGGUGUUUGGUUUGAUUUUCAGUGCAAACACACCAAGAAAGAUGCUGUAAAGCUACUGACCAGGUGAUGGCAGCAUGGCACAGCUAGAUCCCACUCGCUUUUUGACAUCAGUGUUAACUUUACCAAAGUGAACAGCCCGGUAGUUUUUGGCUCCAACAUUUCAACCGACACCUUUCAGCUUCUGUGUGUUUGUUCACUUCCUUUCAUACCAGCUCCAUUUUCCAGGUAUUUUCUAGUUAACAAUAAACGAUAACAGCUUCUUCCACCUGGAA